CCAGUUCAGUUCAUUUGUUGAUGAGCUCACCGACUACACUACAAAAAGCAUCCUUGCAACACCCAUCUUGAAUGGCAAAGAUCUAGUUGCUGUCAUUUUGGCUAUUAAUAAGCUGAACGGCCCAUUCUUCACCAACUCUGAUGAAACACUUUUCCUGAAGUACCUGAAUUUUGCUUCCUUAAACCUGAAAAUUUAUCACUUGAGUUAUCUUCACAACUGUGAGACUCGAAGAGGCCAGGUGCUGCUGUGGUCAGCUAACAAGGUCUUUGAGGAACUGACAGAUAUUGAAAGGCAAUUCCACAAAGCCUUCUACACAGUGAGAGCGUAUCUGAAUUGUGACAGGUACUCAGUAGGCCUCCUGGACAUGACAAAGCAGAAGGAAUUUUUUGAUCUAUGGCCUGUCCUGCUGGGAGAAGUUCCUCCUUACUCAGGACCUCGCACUCCAGACGGCAGAGAAAUAGUCUUUUACAAAGUCAUUGAUUAUAUAUUACAUGGAAAAGAAGACAUUAAAGUCAUUCCAAAUCCUACGCCGGAUCACUGGGCACUAGUUACUGGACUGCCAACAUAUGUGGCUGAAAGUGGGUUUUAUUUUGCAAUAUUAUUGAAUGCUGCUGCAGAUGAGAUGUUUAACUUUCAGGAAGGUCCUCUAGACGAAUCAGGAUGGACUAUCAAAAAUGUUCUCUCCAUGCCAAUAGUCAACAAAAAGGAAGAAAUUGUUGGCGUCGUCACAUUUUUUAACAGAAAAGAUGGGAAACCAUUUGAUGAACAGGAUGAGACCCUGAUGGAGUCCCUGACACAGUUUUUGGGCUGGUCUGUACUCAACACAGAUACGUAUGAUAAGAUGAACAAACUGGAGAACCGGAAAGAUAUUGCCCAGGAUAUGGUGCUCUACCACGUGAAAUGUGACAAGGAUGAAAUUCAGGAAAUUCUGCCAACAAGAGAAAAGCUGGGGAAGGAGCCAAGUGAGUGUGAGGAAGAGGAGCUGGCAAGUAUUCUGAAAGAGCAACUCCCAGGGCCCAGCAAGUUUGAAAUCUAUGAGUUCAGGUUCUCAGACUUCGACUGCACUGAGCUGGAGCUGGUGAAGUGUGGCAUUCAGAUGUAUUACGAGCUUGGUGUGGUGAAGAAGUUCCAGAUCCCACAGGAGGUUCUGGUGAGGUUUGUGUACUCUGUCAGUAAAGGCUACCGGAAGAUAACAUACCACAACUGGCGCCAUGGCUUCAACGUUGCACAGACCAUGUUCACACUUCUCAUGACAGGCAAACUGAAGCGCUACUAUACAGACCUUGAAGCCUUUGCAAUGGUAACUGCUGCUCUGUGCCACGAUAUAGACCACAGAGGAACCAACAACCUCUACCAGAUGAAAUCUCAAAAUCCUUUAGCUAAACUACACGGAUCUUCAAUUUUAGAGAGACAUCACCUGGAUUUUGGAAAGUUUUUGCUCUCUGAAGAGUCACUGAAUAUAUGCCAGAACCUCAACCGGAGACAGCAUGAGCACAUGAUUCAUCUGAUGGAUAUUGCCAUUAUAGCAACAGAUCUGGCACUCUACUUCAAAAAAAGAACAAUGUUUCAGAAGAUUGUUGACGAGUCUAAGACAUAUGACAAUACUACUGCCUGGACCGAUUACCUGUCUCUGGAGACGACAAAGAAAGAAGUUGUCAUGGCCAUGAUGAUGACUGCCUGUGAUUUGUCAGCAAUCACUAAGCCUUGGGAAGUCCAGAGUAAGGUAGCUCUCCUGGUAGCAGCUGAAUUCUGGGAGCAAGGGGACUUAGAAAUAAGUGUCCUUCAGCAGCAGCCCAUUCCCAUGAUGGACAGGAGGAAAGCUGCUGAACUCCCAAAGCUUCAAGUGGGUUUCAUCGACUUUGUGUGCACAUUUGUCUAUAAGGAAUUUUCACGUUUCCAUGAGGAAAUUCAGCCUAUGCUUGAUGGGCUGCUGAACAACAGGAAUGAGUGGAAGACGCGUGCUGAUGAGUAUGAUGCAAAGAUGAAAGCUCUGGAGGAAGAGAAGAAAAAGGAGGAAGAGAAAAUGGCUGCACAGAAAGAUGGAAUAACCUGCAACGGAGGAACAGCUCCAGCUUCAAAAACCUGUAGUAUACUUUAGAUCUAUUUCCAAGGCAAUACAUCCCAAAAUGAGAAUGCCCAUGCUUAGAAACAAACAACAACAACAAAAAGUCCUGGCUUAAAAUAUAUAUUCCUGCUUGGACUAUUUUAAUUAGGCUUAUGACCAACCAAGGAAGGGCUAGAUCUCGUUUGCCUUAAUUGCAUCUCUUCCUGAUAAUAAGGGAUCCAUCCUGUCCUGACUCUCACUGCAUUUCACAUACCUGAUGUUGUCAGAUAGCAUGUGGCAAGUCAGAGCAAUGUUUGGCCAAUAUAUCAGGUUGCAUGGCCACAGAAGAAACACUUCUCAAGCACUGACUGCAGACUCCAAAGCUGACAGGGCCAGUGAAUCUCCUAGAUUGUCCAUGUGCACAAGGAGUAGCCUGCAGGGUAGAAAAAGUGAAGAACAGCUAAAUUUUUAAUAUCUAAAUCUCUAUCUUUGAGGAUAUCAGAAAGAAAUCUGUAGGUGGGGAUGAAGUAUGAAAACUUUUGAGCUGUUCUAGAAAGCUACAUUUCUCAGUAAGUCCAAGGAAUACACAUAGUAAUAAUUCUGUAUUCGCUUUGGGAAUUUGGGUAGGCUACUGCUGUGUGCAAGAUCCCUCAGCUGCAAGACCCAGCAGAUGCUGGCUUCACAAACAGGACCCACGUUGUGCACUAUCCCAGGCUUUGUGCUGUGACACGUGGUUGUGAGAAGGCAGUGUCAUCAUUACCCAUGCAGCACCUCAUACAGUUACCCACACAACCUGAUCUGUGGCAUCUGACUUUGUUCUGUUUUACCUUGUAUUGCCAGUGUUAUCUAACACAUCCUCCUUUGAUUGGUAUCAGCACUCCUCCUUUUCUCCUCCUGUUUGAGAUGUCUGAUUUUCUCAUUCCACUCCAAACUUUAAAAGACUGAUGAAUUCUACCCCUUUAUUUCAGUUAAUUAGUUUUCUUGUUUAUUAAUGUAACUAUGUUAGAAUACUCUUAUUACAGAGGAAAGACCCUUCUCUGCUCCCCUGCUCUCUCUCUCUUUCUCUCUUUCUCUUUUAACUCAGAGCAUGGCAGGCAUGUCAGCCAUGUAAUGAGAGUUCUGAUUUGUGGGGAUCUUCUUCUUCUAUUACUCCCGCUACCUUCAGUAUUUUUAUCCCUCGGUAACUUAUUUUGCAUUACAGAAGUACUGUAAGUAAAAGGAAAUGAUAGCCAUAGUGGUAUCUGGUGAUUGUUUAUCCAGAUCCCAAUACACUAAGAAGUAAUCUUCUGUCGCUAUGCAGCUGUUGUGUGAGCAGCAAGUUGUCCUUCAAGAGAAUACAGAAACCUCUCCACUUGCUCAAAAGCUAAAUAUGCAGCUAGUAAUUGCUUCGUGUUGUAUAUCUCAGUUUCAUCAGCAACCACAUAGGAGGCUUUCGUCACGUGGCAGCACUUCCAGGACACCAAGCCAAACAAGUUGUUUCCAGUGGGCAAUACGCCAUGAGUUGAUCUAUCUUAUUGUGUUGUGCUAAAGAAGGGGGUUCUUAAGAUCACCUCAAGCCACUGUAAGCUAAAUGCCUGUUGUUGAGAAAAGCUCUCCUUGACCUCAGAUGUUUUCCGGGAAAUAAAGCCAAGAAUUAAUUCCUUGUCCUGUGUGCUGGAUGCUGAAAUUGCUGUGGGCGACAUUGUGUGAGUUCAGAGAUGCAGGGCUGGCCUGUACAGUAUCUGGGCUGGGGCACCCAUGCCCACCCACCUGCACAAGUGCGUUUUGAGGGCUGCUCCCUACUUGCCAUUCCCAUUUCCACUGGUGGCAGUGAGGUGUCCCAUGCAGAGCACAUGCAGCUCUACUGUGCAAAGCCACUUUGUUGGACUGCUUCUGGACAUCAGCACUGGUUCCUCAGGCUGCCUGCUUCCUGAGCACUGUAGCCUUGCCCUUCAAGCACCAUUCACUAUCUCCCAUUGUGCUCGAUGCAGUUUUCUUACCAACAGAAAUGCAAUCAAACUGGCUUCCUCCAACUUGUUCCUCAGCUGCCUGCAGCUGACUGCCCCUCAUCUUCCUGUGGGAAGCCAUGAGCAGAGGCUUUUAUGUUCCUUAAAUUUCUUUGCAAAGUAUUGGUACAUAGCAUUACUACUAUAGUAGUAAUGUAGUAGUACUGUUACUGGUAAAGCAAGCAUAUACGACAAAUAAUUACAUAUCACUACAAGUAAUAUAUAAUUAUGAUCAAUUACUUAGAUGUGUGUCUAUAUACAUUUCUAUACUAUCUCAAAGCACUCAUUAAAUCACUCCUAUGAUUGGUGCUUAUCAGUGAUGGACAAAGUUGUGCUGAGAUGAUGAUUCAUAGCACAGUCUGGAGCCAGCCAGGCACCCCCAGUGUGGUUUCUACCCAUUGUGGCCCAUGCAGGUCUGACACAGAGGUUCACAGAGGGGGGGUCUCAGAAAGGUGCUACAUUUCGGGUAGAGACAUUUUAAUGUCAUUGCAGACAUAAGUGAGUGUAGGACACCACCAUCACCUGAGCAGCCAAUAGAUGUUGCUGACUUCUAUGAUUCACUUGGAAUAGCCCAUAGACAAUGCAGUUGUCUAUUUUCUCAGAAUAGCUUUGACUUUUUCAGACUGUUUUUUCUGUAUUUCCAGCUUCAGCUGUCUAUAGCUGUUGCCAAUUUCUACAUGUUCAGACUGUGUUCCACCUUUCUAGACAGUAAGUUUGUCAUUGCACUUCUGUGGUUUUGCACUUAGCAAGGCUAUCUCAGCCAUGCCAAGUUCACAGGAGCGAAGCUGCACUUCUGCUUCUUACAGACACUCCUUGUUCUCAAGCCAGCAGAUAUCUUGUGUUUUUCAUGUUCCCAAUCACACAGAUUAAUUUAUGGAUGCUCCCAUUACCUGCAAUGGCCCAGAGUGGAUCAUUUAAGGGAAGAAACCCUUCCAUUAUGGACAGAGGUUCUCCCUUCCCAUCCCUAUGUCUCUCUCUCCCAGUGUCCAGUAUGUGCUAAGUUUUGAAGAGGAACACUGACUUUCUUGCAUCACAGACAGGGUCA